AUGCAUGAUGUGCUCACCAACAAGGCUGCGCACAUGUCUCCCAACUGGCUGCAAGGAGAGCUGCUGAACUCGACUUUGCUCAGCGUUACACAAACUGGGACUGCUCAAGAAAGUCCCGUCUUCUCCCCCGGCCCUCUGCUCUCCGGCGGCCCCCCGCGGCUCUGUCCUCUGUCCUUUGGAGAAGGCGUCGAGCUUGACCCGGUACCGCCGAAGGAAGUCAGGUACACCUCCUCCGUCACGUACGACUCGGAGAAGCACUUCAUCGACGACAUCUACAUGCCCGUGGGGCUAGGCCUGUCAGCCUGCAGCCAGACCGUCAUCUGCGUCCCGGAUUGCACGUGGCGCAGCUACAAGUCCGAGGUGCGCUUUGAGCCGCGGAACAAGCCCCUCCGUUUCAGCAGCACCACCAUCGUGUACCCCAAGCACACCAAGACUGUGUUCACCACCACGCUGGAUUACAACUGCCGGAAGGCCAUGCGCCGGUUCUUGUCCAGCGUCGAGCUGGAGUCAUCUGAAUGCGCUGGGAGCGAUUGCCUCCUGGAUGGUUGCUGAGCGGCCUCUGUCUCUCUCGCUGCGAUCCGUCCCAGUCUCUAUCCUGUACUGUACUAGCUCUCCGAUAGCUAAAAUGGGUAAAAGCUCUCACUGCCCAGUCCGUCCAAGGGAACCUUACCUGUCGCUACCUCUGCCCUGGCUCAUAAGCACAGCUUUAAGUAUCAAAAUGGCCUGCACUUAUUUUUCUAUGGGAAUUUAGCUUUCUAAGGUAUCGGCUUUUCUGCCUUUAGAGCUGCAGAUUCCCCUCCUGCCGCAGUGCGGUAGUCAGGGAAAAAUAAGGGAAAUGUGUCGCUAGAGGAAAAAUUAUUCUCUCUCUCUCAUGGAACAGUGGCUACCACCUGGAAAAGUAUACCUGACUCUUCACGGCGAGGUGUAAAAACAGCAGCCAUUCACUUUUGCUGCGAAAAUAUAGCUCUCGCCUGAAAACAACAGUCCAUCAACUACUUCACUUUUGAUCACAGGACUUGGUCUUUCAUAAUAAAAACAGCAAAUCCUGAAAUUCUCCAGAAUAGUUUAAUAGAU